AUGGUCGCACCACAUUGGAUAUUGUGGUUACAUCACAACUACGCCCUGUUCUUGGGAGUCACCUCGCAACGGUGGAUCUCUGAAGGAUUGAAGCAGACUUGGCUAACUCGCUCCUAUGCAAUGCUCAUCAAUGUCAUUCAGCUGCUGGGAUUACCCUAUGCCUUGUGGAUAACAGCUCAGCAUAUGAUUAAAGUUAACUUCUUCCCCGAUCAAAUUCCGUUCGCCAGCUAUAUACUCUUUUCGGCAUCCUAUCUGUCUAUAGCCCAUACCCAGAUAUCGCGAGGAAGUCGGGAUAAGGCUCUGCUCGAGAUGGAUCUCAUUGUGAGCCGAUUUAAGCGAUUGAAGUCGAGGGAGAGAAUCGUAUCAACUGAGCUCAUUAACGGUUCUUUAAGCUAUCUGUUCUAUUUCAAAUUGGUCACUAUGACUUACAUGUGUGUGUGUAGCACGAUGACAGUCGUGCUGUCGCCCAGUAGCAACAAUUGGAACACAGUUUGUUGCAUUUUCUUCUUCAACAUCUCCUCGACCAUUCCCCUAAUCGCCAUCUAUCGUUACUUUUUGGCACUAUGGGAUAUUGCCUGCUGCUAUCAGUAUAUCAAUGGAAAGCUGGAGCAUCUCAUGAACUGUGUGCAAAACAGAUACCCUACACAAGUGGAACUGGACGAGUUGCAUAGACUAUGGUCUUUACAUGCUCUACUCGGACGCAGUACCCUCAAAUUUAAUCGUACUUAUGGACUGCUAAUGUUGACAGCCCGAUUUGAAAAUCUGGCAUUUAGUGCAGUAAAUGGAUAUUGGGGAAUAGUCUUCAUCUUCAGCUAUAAGCGACAGUUCUCUGCGAUCCUUUAUGGCUUCUUUAAUUAUAGUAUGCUUCUUGUGGACUUUUUCCUGUUGAAUUUUAUGUGCGAUCUGACAACUCAAUACCAAAAUUAUGCCUAUCAUUCAGUUAGCGAGGGAUAUUGGUUCAAGGAGCUGAAUGCGUAUUUGCUGUAUGCGAGCACCUCGAAGCUGAAUCUCUGGGUCUGUGGCCUCUAUAAGCUGAAUCGCAAGUGCUGCACCUAA